AUGUACACCCAACUCAUCCUCCUCCUCCCCCUCCUCCUAAUAACAAUCCAAAUCCUACUCCGAAUAACCGAGUCCCUCACAUCCCCUUUAAAGAAUAUCCCAGGACCAUUCUGGGCGCGCUUCAGCAAUCUCUGGUACUUCAACCGUAUCCGCCGUGGCCAAUUCGAACAUGACAAUAUCAAGCUGCACAAGAAAUAUGGUCCGAUUGUGCGGGUUGCACCAAAUCACUACAGUAUCAGUGAUACAGCUGCUAUUAAAACUGUCUACGGUACGGGCUCUAAGUUCCCCAAAUCUGCUUGGUAUGAUGGAUGGAAGCAUCCGGCUCAGUGGACUGUUUUUGCGGAUCGGGAUAUGAAGAGACAUGCCAAUACCAGGAAACGGUUCACCAGCUUAUACUCCAUGAGCUCGUUGGUAAACUACGAACCCUUCGUGGAUCAUUGCGCAGAGCUGUUCAUGACUCAUUUGAACGAGUUCUCAGAUAACGGGGCGACAUUCAACCUCGGACACUGGUUCCAAUGCUACGCCUUCGAUGUCAUCGGAAACAUCACAUUCGGAGAACGCUUCGGAUUCCUAGACCGAGGCCACGACAUCGACGGCACAAUUGCAGCCCUCCAAAAAGUAAUCAUGUACAGCACACUAGUCGGCGUCUUCCCAGAAUGGCACCCACGCCUCUUCAAACCGCUAAGCAAGCUAAAAUGGUCCGGCGCCGGUGGCCGCGCAUACAUCAGCAAAUUCGUGCAGGACAAGAUCAGCGCACACGAGCAAAAAGCCCAAACCCAAACCCAAGACGCCGAAAAAAAUGAAACACAAUCCCAACCCCAAGAUUUCGUGGACAAACUCAUGCUCGCCCGACAGAAAGAACCGGAGAAAGUAACAGACUACCACCUCUUCAUAAUGGGCCAAUCAAACGUGACAGCGGGAUCUGAUACAACAGCUAUAAGCCUAUCGACGAUAAUGUGGCAUUUGAUGCACUACCCAGAUGUGCUGCAAAAGCUACGCGAGGAAUUAGAUGAGUUCACGGCCCACGGCCGGUGCAGCUCGCCUAUCACUUUCAAGGAAAGUCAGGAAAUGCCCUAUUUCCAGGCUGUUAUGAAAGAGGCGCUGCGCAUGCAUGCUGCUACGGGUCUUCCUAUGUGGAGGACUGUUCCUGAUGGCGGAGCGGAGAUUAAUGGGCGUUUCUUUCCUGGUGGGACUGUUGUUGGGGUUAAUACUUGGGUUGCGCAUUAUGAUGAGACAGUCUUUCCGGAUGCGGGGGUUUUUCGGCCGGAGAGGUGGAUUGAGGCUGAAGAUCAGCCUGAGAGGUUGAAGGUUAUGAAUCAGAUGUAUAUGCCGUUUGGUCUUGGUUCGAGGACUUGUCUUGGGAAGCAUAUCUCUAUUUUGGAGAUGUCUAAGCUUAUCCCUCAACUUGUGCAGGAGUUUGAUUUUACUCCGUUGCGGAAGACAUGGCGUACGGAGAACUUUUGGUUUGUUAAGCCUGUCGAUUUUGAAGUUCGGGUGCAGCGGAGGGCCGGAGUCCGGUAG